AUGUGGCUUUUUGCAACUUUGUCGACUUUGCUGUACGCCUUCACGCCUGGAACAGGAGUGGCGGCGAUCGCUCAAUCGCCACCAAUUUUCCCAUCGCCGCUGGGUCAAGGAAAGGGCAUAUGGAAGAACGCAUAUGAGCGUGCAUCCAAUUUAGUCAGCCAGCUGACCCUUGAAGAGAAGGUCAACAUCACACGUGGCUAUGCGGGUGAUAAUACUUGUGCGGGUAACACCGGAUCCAUUCCUCGUCUUGGGUGGCCAGGCUUUUGCCUCCACGAUGCUGGGAAUGGUAUUCGAGCGACAGACCUAGUCAACUCGUACCCGUCGGCCAUACAUGUAGGCGCAAGCUGGGACAGAAACUUGACCUACCAACGCGGCUAUUACAUGGGGAAAGAAUUCAAAAGUAAAGGAGUCAACGUUCUGCUAGGGCCCAAUGCCGGUCCUCUGGGUCGUACUCCACUAGGCGGGCGGAACUGGGAGGGCUUCUCGGUCGACCCAUAUUUGGCCGGACAGCUAAAUGCUGAGACCAUCAUUGGGCAUCAGGAAGCUGGUGUGAUCGCUAAUCUAAAGCAUUUCAUCGGAAACGAGCAAGAGACUUUCAGAAGGCCAUACUUUGGCGUGGAGGCGGCAUCAUCUAAUAUUGAUGAUAAAACUCUACACGAAUUCUAUCUUUGGCCAUUUGUCGAUGGGGUCAAAGCGGGAGCGGCAUCCAUUAUGUGCUCAUACAACAGGAUUAACAACACAUACGGUUGUGAGAACAGUAAACUAUUGAACGGGAUUCUAAAGACAGAAAUGCAAUUCGAAGGGUUUGUUCUUCUCGACUGGAACGCAAAGCAUACACUAGAAAGUGCCAAUGCUGGUCUAGAUAUGGUCAUGCCCCUUGGGGGGAAUUGGGGCUCGAAUCUCACAAGGGCAGUCAGUAACGGAAUCGUGAAUGAAUCAAGGGUAGACGACAUGGCCACAAGAAUUCUUGCAGCUUGGUAUCUUGUUGGUCAAGACAACGACUUCCCAAUUCCUGGCAUUGGCAUGAAAAAUCUGACUGAGCCGCACGGUCAAAUCGACGCCCGUGAUCCCAAGGCGAGGCCAACAAUACUCAGUGGAGCUCUUGCGGGCCACGUGUUAGUGAAGAACGAAAAUAAUUCACUACCUUUCAGCGGGGCCCCGAAGAUCAUGUCUAUAUUUGGAUAUGAUGCAACAGUACCUUCGACGAAGAAUACCGACAAACUUUUUGAGCUUGGAUACUACUCCUCCCCAGAGAUGGCUCAGGCUGUACUGGGAACAGAGAGGCAUUUUGACCAGGCAGCCAAGGGGGGAACCAUUGUCAGUGGGGGGCGUGCUGCAGCCAAUGCGCCUUCAUACCUACUCGAUCCUUUGAGUUCGCUACAACAUAAAGCCGCAAUAGAUGGCACUUGGGUCAAUUGGGAUCUGGUGUCUGGAGAUCCCGAUGUCAAUGCUGCUAGUGACGUUUGCCUGGUUUUCAUCAACGCCAUGGCAACCGAAGGAUGGGAUCGAGAUGGCUUGCACGACGAUUUCAGUGAUGGCCUCGUCUUGAAUGUAGCUAAUAAGUGCGCCAACACAAUUGUGGUCGUUCAUACAGCCGGCAUUCGCCUGGUCGAUCAGUGGAUCGAUCACCCAAAUGUUACGGCUACAGUCAUCGCCCAUCUUCCGGGUCAAGACAGUGGAUCAGCCCUUGUCAAGCUCUUGUAUGGUGAGGCUUCAUUCUCUGGGAAGCUCCCGUAUACUUUGGCGCGAAACGAAAGCGAUUAUUCAGUGUACGCACCUUGUGGGAGGCAGGUCAACACCACCAGUCCCCAGUGUGAUUUCACUGAAGGCGUGUUCGUCGACUAUCGCGCCUUCGACGAAAGAGGCAUCGAGCCAAGAUUUGAAUUUGGCUUUGGCUUGACAUACACAGAAUUCACCUACUCUUCCCUACUGGUCAAGACGCAGAAUGUCUUGAUAGGCGCCGCAUCAAAUAGCAAUGCCUUGUGGGAGGUGAUACUGAAUGUUGAGGCAUCAUUCAACAACACUGGCAGUCAUGCUGGCGAGGAAGUUGUGCAGUUAUACGUCGCAAUCCCCAACAGCCCCCCGAAACAGCUUCGAGGCUUUGAUAAGGUGCCAUUGGAGAUAGGAGACAGCACUACCGUUCAAUUUGAGCUUACACGAAGAGACCUCAGCAUUUGGGACGUUGUGGCUCAAGCUUGGACGCUUCAAGGUGGCAAUUAUACCAUUUUUGUAGGAGCAAGCAGCCGAAAUCUGCCUCUUCAAUCCUCCUUCACAUUGUGA